CCCUCGGAGUCCCUCAAAGCUUCGAUGGCAGCAGCAAACGUAAGCGAAAGAGAACCGAUCGACCCACUUCAUCAACUUCCUCAAAGAUUUCUGUAAAAUUUAAAAACAUCGGAUUGCUUCUCUUUUCGAACCUCAUUGGAAGCGCUUCCCCAUACCAGGUAAUCAGUUUGGAUAAUUGAAAACCUUCUUCAGCCAAGGGAUUGACACAUUUGGGUCAUUGUGCAUGUCAGUCCCUGUGGUCUUCGAUGAUGGUAACAAUGGGGCAUCAUGUUCAGAAAGAUCUACUCUAUGCCGUGAUGUCAGUUGCGUUAGCGAAAAACUCGUCUCACUUAAUUUAAAUAGUGAAACUGUUGGCCUCGGAGUCGUCGUCGAGCUUCUACUUCCAAAUGGCGACUGGUAUUCUGGAACAACAUUGGGCAACAUGCCAGAGGGUCAAGGCAAAUAUGCCUGGUCUGAUGGUUGCACAUAUGAAGGUGAGUGGAAAAGAGGGAUGAGACAUGGUAAUGGGAAAAUCUCGUGGCCUUCAGGUGCUGUUUAUGAAGGAGAAUUUUCUAGCGGGUACAUGCAUGGUACCGGAUCUUACCUUGGAGCAGAUCAUCUGACCUACAAAGGACGGUGGAAAUUGAAUCUUAAGCAUGGGCUAGGAUAUCUGACAUAUCCUAAUGGAGAUUUCUUUGAAGGCUCCUGGAUUCAGGGAACAAUAGAGGGUCCUGGUAAAUACGUAUGGGCCAACGAAAAUGUUUAUGUUGGUAACAUGAAAGGAGGGAAAAUGUCUGGAAAGGGAACUCUUACUUGGAAAAGUGGAGAUGUGUUUGAGGGAAAUUGGUUGAAUGGCAUGAUGCAUGGCUUUGGAGUCUAUUCAUGGAGUGAUGGUGGGUGUUAUGUUGGAACUUGGACCCGGGGUUUGAAGGAUGGAAAAGGAGCCUUUUAUCCUAAUGGAAGUAAGGUUCCAGCUGUACAGGAACUUUACAUUAAUGCUUUAAGGCAGAGAGGGGUUUUGCCUGAUUUGAAAAGACAAAACCAUGGAUCACGCAUCCUUCAUGCUUCUUCUGUUGAUAUGGGAAGCAUGAAGGUUAGUGAGGAUCAAGGAUCAAAUAGUGUCUCGUCAGGAAAUUUUCCUAAGGUCAACCUUGUAAAUUAUGAACAAUCCCGGAACAAAAAUGUUUCUCUAGAAAGACGUUGGAGUCUUGAAGUGGCCAUUGAAAAAGUUAUUGGACACGAUGUAUCACUGUUCAGCGGAGAAUCUGUUAGUAAUGAAAAACAUACAGAUGCAAAUUUUCCCAUUCUAGAACGGGAAUAUAUGCAAGGUGUUCUAAUCAGUGAGCUAGUCGUCAAUAAUAGCUUCUCUUCGACAUCUAGAAGAGAAAAACGGCGUCACAAGAAGAUGGCAAAGGAUGUUAAAAAGCCUGGGGAAACUAUUAUUAAAGGUCAUAGAAGUUAUGAUCUAAUGCUUAGUUUGCAGCUUGGAAUCAGGUAUACAGUGGGUAAAAUAACCCCAAUUCAAAGGCGUGGAGUUCUCGCAUCAGAUUUUGGUCCUCGAGCAAGCUUUUGGAUGGAUUUUCCUAAAGCAGGUUCCCAACUAACACCUCCCCAUCGUUCAGAAGAUUUUAAGUGGAAAGAUUAUUGUCCAAUAGUCUUCAGAAAUUUACGAGAAUUAUUCAAGAUUGAUGCUGCAGACUACAUGAUAUCCAUUUGUGGAAAUGCGGCUUUAAGAGAGCUUUCUUCCCCUGGGAAGAGUGGAAGUGUUUUUUUUCUUUCUCAAGAUGACCGGUUCAUGAUUAAAACCCUCCGUAAAUCUGAAGUGAAGGUGCUUUUGCGGAUGCUUCCAAACUACCACCAUCAUGUGCGCACGUAUGAGAAUACACUUAUAACUAAAUUCUUUGGUUUGCACAGAGUGAUACCCUCUAGUGGUCAAAAGUUCAGGUUCGUCGUAAUGGGAAACAUGUUUUGUACAGAACUGAGGAUCCAUAGAAGGUUUGACUUGAAAGGGUCAUCACUGGGCCGUUCUUCAAAAAAUAUUGAAAUAGAUGAGAAUACAACUCUUAAAGAUUUGGAUCUAGACUAUUCUUUCUAUUUGGAACCUUCUUGGAGAGAUGCUCUUUUGAAGCAGAUUGAGAUUGAUAGUAAAUUCUUGGAAACACAGCGUAUAAUGGACUAUAGCCUAUUGUUAGGUGUGCAUUAUCGAGCUCCACAACAUCUGCGAACUGGUGUAUCUCUCCAUCGAAGUCUGACAGCAGAGGGACUUGCAAUCCUUUCAGAAGAUGCUCAUGAGGAAGAGAUUUUCAACUACCCUCAAGGCCUUGUUCUGGUUCCUCGUAGCGAUGAAAACAGUGUUGUUGUGGGUCCUCAUAUACGAGGCAGCCGUCUGAGGGCAUCAGCUGCUGGUGAUGAGGAAGUGGAUCUCCUACUUCCUGGUACAGCUAGACUUCAGAUCCAAUUGGGAGUCAAUAUGCCAGCAAGGGCAGAGCGCAUUCGAGCCAAAGACGAAACUCAAGUGUUUCAUGAGGUUUAUGAUGUUGUUCUGUACCUUGGGAUCAUUGACAUAUUGCAGGACUACAACAUCAGCAAAAAGAUUGAGCAUGCUUACAAAUCUAUCCAGUUUGAUUCGCUCUCCAUUUCUGCAGUGGAUCCCGAGUUCUACUCUCAGCGCUUCUUGAGUUUUAUUCAAACUGUAUUCCCUGAAAACCCAUAGGAAGGUUCAGGUCCAAAAUUAUUGUUUCUGAUGGAAAUCAAUUUGAAGUUUAGUUGUCAGCCUGUAAAAAUUUUGUAAUAUUGUAAGUCAUUAUUGGCACCAGCAAAACAAGAAGUAUGGGGUCAAUAAUCAUUGUAUAUUGGAAUAAUUUGAAUAGAAUUCAGUAAUGUUUGAAAAAAAAAAACCCAAAAAAAAAGGAACCACCAUAUUGAAGCCUUUAUGACUGCAGUAUGUGUGCUCUUUGUAAAAGAUGAAGAAUCCUUCGACCCUCGGAUAAUGAGAGAAGCGGACUCCACAUUCUUUUCCAGGGCUGUCAAAAAAUAUAUGUAUGAUUUCAGAGGGAAUAACAUUGUUGUAACAUUUUAGAAUGACAUAUAUAUAUAUUGUGCUUAAAUA